UAGUAGACCACAACCGGUUCCACGAAAUGGCGAAGAGCGGCGGUAUUGAUAUUGGAAGUGUUUUUGACGAAUAUCUGCAAAAAGAACAGCAAUUCGAACAAGAAAUAGAAGAACGCAACAAAUUACGUCGCGAGAUUCGCAAUAGGAAUAUUUCCAAAGUUUCUGACUCGUCGCCAACGAAUUUGCCUUUAAAUUUAGAAAAAUCUCGUAUUCGUAAUCAGGCUCUUCUGAAGGAUUUGGAGAUGUCUAGAGCACGUCUGAGAACUUACGCUUCUUACACGCCUACCGAUGCGGAAUUGCAGCAGAUUUCGUCGGCCUAUCGAAGUCGUCUUUCCAGAAAUAUGCAAGACGCGGAAUCAUGACAAGCUUAUUUCCGCGUAAUCGGUUACACGUCAUAUGUGAUCUUUUCAACCUGAUAACUCGAGCCGAACGAACAAACUUACAAAUGAAAAGUUUGUUGAUCGUUGGGAUCGAUGGAUCGGGUUGAUUGGCGCGUGAUCUAUUUUAUGACGUGGCUGCUUCUUCGCGUGUCGAACGACGUGAGAACCGAUCCGUAAAAUGUGCGAAACAUGACCACAAUAUUUUUGCGCGCUUCCCUGCCGCGUACGGUUUUGCCACAAUCGGAUUCGAGUUAUUGCAAACAACGGCUAUCAUUUUUGUUAAGUGUAAAAUAAAGAAAAUUGUCGAGAACAGACUGUUAUAUCUUACACAAAUCUAUAUUAUCGUCGCUCAUAAAAUAAUUAUCACCACACACGGUAACAUAUAUUAUAUUACAUUGUAACUCGAACAGCGUCAACGUAUAAUAUAUUGCAAUACGGAUAUGCUCGCGGUUGACUUCUUACUUUCCAGCGAAAUACGAGCCGUAGACUGAAAUCUUAACAAAGCUAAUUUCCAUUCUAAUCUAUCCGUUCAAAGGUCUCAAGAGGCUUAAUUACAAAGGCAAAGAUGUUGCGUUUUGAGGACAAUCGCGCGUAUAGCGAUUGUUGGA